AUGAGUCCAUAUGAAUUAAAUUUCAAACCCUUAAUUGAUAUAACUGAACUUAGAAAGAAGUUUGCUGAGGUUGAGGCUGAGAAUGUGGGGCUUAAGGCUAAGGAAUCGGGAUUUAUGGCCAGAAUCAUAAAAUUGGAACAAAUUGCUGAAAACACGAAGUUAAGAAAUGCUAAACUCAAUGCCCGAAUCAUAGAAUUAGAACGGUCGGAAAAAGAAAAUGAAGAAUUUGGAAAUAGAGUUACGGAAUUAGAACAAAAAAUGAUGAAAGGAACAGGAAAUCAAACAAGUAUACUCAUUCCAAAAGAACAAUCUUUGACUAAUAUUAAUGCUUCUUGUAGAACGAAUUCUGAUGAUACUCCCGAACGGAUAGUUCUACAAAAUGAGAAUACUUUGGCAUCUGAUAUUUCUGACAACACUUCAAAUUCUGAUGUAUCCGAUAAUGUUACAAAUUCUAAUGUAUAUCAACCUAUUUAUAUAGAGCCUAAAUCGACUUCUAACUCAAAUAUUUCACUAACCAAGAAAACCUUGGAGGAAACUGAGGUAAGUGUAUUGCCUGAAAAGGUUUUGUCAGAAAUUCAGGUAAAUUCAUCUAAAUUUCAAGAGGCAAAGUCUUAUUGUUUCCGUAACUCACCAAUUACUAGGACUAACCCAUAUAAAAUGGAAUGUCUUUAUCAAUAUGCCAUUAAACGUAGUAUUGAUUCCGAAAAAUUUUUGAUCUUUGCUGAAACUGAGAAAAAUAGGUGA